GUGCCGCCUCCCGCCGACCAAUGGGCGAGCGUGGCGGAGGAUUUCGAAUGUGGCGACACUCGUUUCGGAGGCGCGGCGGGGCGGAAGUCGGAGCGGGCUCGGGGAUGUGAACGGCGGCGGCGGCCGAGAGAAAAGAUGGCAAAGGAAAGAUGUCAGAAGAAGUCCUUUCAGGAUAGUCUUGAAGACAUAAAGAAGCGGAUGAAAGAAAAAAGGAACAAAACUUUGGCAGAAGUCGGCAAGCGCAAGUCCUUUAUGGUUGCACCGUGCCAGGUAACCGCUAACACUUCUACACUGCUAAAAAAUUACCAAGACAAUAAUAGACUGUUAGUUUUAGCUUUGGAAAAUGAAAAAUCCAAAGUGCGAGAAGCCCAGGACGUCAUCCUCCAGCUGAGAAGGGAGUGUUACUACCUUGCAUGCCAGCUGUACACACUGAAAGAGAAGCUGGUGUCCCAGGAAGUGCGAACUCUUCAGAACCAGGAAGUGUGUCCCUUGGGAGCGGUCUCUGCUAGUGAAGACAACACAAGGGAUUCAUCUGUGAAGGACUCAUCCUCAGUACCAAGUUCAUCACCGCAAAUUCCUCUUCAGGAAACUAACUGGCCAUUCCAAACAGAAGAGCCAACACCUCCCGUUCCUGCAGACACGUUGGGGAGUUUUGACUCUGGUGAAGCCAAGUCUGGUGGUAACGGCUUACCGAGUACCGUUUCUCUCCGUCGCCAAUUAAAGAAAGGUUUUGAUUUGGGUGCUUCAGGCGAAGGUGAUGCGGUUCGGUGGGCGGGCCGGCCCUUUGAAGUGGGAAGAGCUGUGUGUGCAGACCCUGCAGUCAGCCUCCUCCUCGAGAGCGUCGCCCCGAGUGCGCGCCCGUGGAGCACCGACCCAGGCGGCCAGUCACCCAGGCCGACCCGUCUGGGAAGGGUUGAGACUAAGGAAGUCCUCGCAGACCCGAGUUCCAAACCGCAGCCAGGCAGGCAGGGACGUGCGGGCAGGAGGGCUCGGCCCCGGGGACCAGCGGCCUCCAGGGGACCGGCGGCCUCCAAGCGCAGAGGCCAGCGAGCACCCGGCGUCCCCAGGCCGCACGGCGCCGGGUCCUGCGAUGCCUACAACUUCACCUUGGAAGAGAGUGUCCACCUCACCCCCUUCCGACAGAAAGUGAGCCAGAAAGUGGGCAGCGAGGAUGGAGAGAGCAGCAGGGGUGCACCCAGCAGCUGUGACUCCAGUUCUGGGGAUGAGUCUGACGAGCUCUACCUGCCCCCGGGCAAGUGCUCCCCAGACCUGGCCAGUGCGGCAGACAGGCGGGUCACCAGACCCCGGUCCUCGAGAAGAACCCACGCACACGAGGAGGAUGAGGAAGUCGAGGAGGACGAGGUGGCGGCGGCCCUGGCCCCACCGGCCACAAGUACCAGUCCAGCGCCUGAGGCUCGCAAGUCACCUCGUCUUAGCCUGAAAGAUGUCACCAAUAUCCCAUUGCAUCCUGCGGUGAAAGUCAGAAAGCAUUCUCUUUCUCCAAGAACAGAUGGAGAGCUUGCAGCGUCUCUGCCGAAGCGUCGGUGCACCACUGUGGUGAGCUACAAAGAGCCGACGCUCGCUUCGAAACUGAGGCGAGGGGACCCUUUCACGGACCUGUGCUUCUUGAACUCUCCUAUCUUCAAGCAGAAAAAGGACUUGAGACGUUCCAAAAAAAGCAUGAAGCAAACACAGUAACCUUCUUAUGGGUGUUGGAGUUGAUCCUGCGCCCUCUCUUGUGCCUGAUGGGGUCUGAGACGGUGGGCAAGCACGCAGAAUUGUUGCCGUAGAAGGUCCUUGACAAGAUGCUAGAUCGUGAAUAUUGCUUUAUAAUUGGGUUUCUUCAGCCUAAACACAUUUAUUUUAUUCCGGGUUCCACUUGGUGCCAAAAUUCUCUGGCCUCUUUAUUUUCCCCUUCAGUGGGGGGUCCCAGAGUGGAGAACUUUCAGAGACAGGGUGCAGGUCUUUUCUAAGUCCUUGACAUUCACAGCGAGACAGACCAUGAUGCUUGGAUCCCUUGUGCUCCUGUUGUAUAAGAUAAAAUCUCUAUGGAAUCAUGACUAGAGUAUGGGUGGUUUGUGAAUAAACAGUAAGACCCUUUGCUUUUCAACUGCCAAUGAGGUAAACAGACAGUGGAGAGCUUGAGUCUGCUACUAGACACCUCUUUCAACUUCGGAAUCUGUGGCCAUUUUAGAGAACAGUAGAACUUCUAACUGCGGCUCGUGUUGUCCUCCUGCUCUUAACUCAGAGAACCUGCUUGUCCUCUGGCCCCCCCUCCUCCAUCCUCAGACGUUUACUCUGUGUUCCCUGCCAAGACACCCACACCCACACACUAGCAUCCAUCCUGUUCAGUUUUCCACUGGGUAGCCUCCAGGCCCAAGGCCUAGACAUCCUGAUUUGGGGUUCAGUGGUAGAGCACCUUCCUCGCAUGUGCAAGGCCCAGGGGUAAGUCC